CCCAUAGCACUGGCGACAUCUCCGGCAUAAAUGCAAGGAGGAUUUAUAGCUGAUAUAGGAUCUUGUGGAACUGGAUUUGAUUCUGCAAGCGGUUCGGUACGAACGAAGAAAUUUCGAACAAAAGGAUCAGAACUCGCUGAUAGGAAAGGAGAGAAAAACAAAGCAAUGCCAAGAGCUCCGUCAAUCUGCUGUUCAUCGAUAGACGAAGCUCUCUCUUUUUCAUCUCGUGCCAGAUGUAACAAAAGAUUAGUCCUUUUUCCUUCUCGCGAACCACGGGAGCGCCCAACGCCUAGAAGAGCAAAGCUCAUUUUCAAAACAGGGUCAAGCGAUGCAUUAAAAAGGGCUGGCUCGUUAAAAGGACGCUUACUUUGGGAACGAAGUUCGGAAUCAACAAGGGUUCUCCGAACGAAGGGAGUGUACAACUGGGGCGCAACCCAACUUUUUUGUUGGAGAGAUAGAAUGGAGUUCUUCACGAAGUUCGAGACAAAGGAAAAAAAAUCAAAGUUUCUCUAUAGCCUCUUCGUUUUGAGACAUUAUGGCUUUGGGGUCGACCCCGGUAACAAAAAAGGAAUCCAUAAAAACAUGGGAUCCAACACCAUGAUAAAAUACUACCCUCAUGAUUAGACCAUGUCCCUGAGAUUUGAUAAAAAAAAGGUGCAUUAGCGGUAUAUACGUUGUAAUUAGAUAAGUUCUUUGGAAUAUGACGGAACUAAAGACCAAGGAAAGGAACAAGAAUGCACCAAAAUGCAAGUGCUGCACCAAACGCUGGUGGUUGUUUCUUGUUGUAAGUGAAUGCAAUGAAAAGACCCGGAAAUAACGAAUAAUGAGAAAAUUCAUUUAUAGACAUUUCGUGCUCAUUUCCAAAUUUAUUCUUAGUUAUUCCCAUCAUCUGGUAACCACAGGAUGAUCCCAAUCUCCUUUUAGUAAUAGAUAUUUUUGAUAUGUCUCAGUCUCGGCGGCAAGGAAGAGAAAAGGCAUCGAUUCGUUUAUCAAGAAAGUGGACGAGCAUGGCGGUCCCUAUAUCUCUGAGGGGUGUACCACUUUUUUUUCAAGUCAGCUUAAGAGGUUCAAAAGAGAAAGUCACUCUCCUUAUUCUUGGCUAGUGGAA